AUGUACUGGUCUCCCCAGGUGACAGUUUUGAGGUCAUACGACACCAUGAUUGCUACUGCAAGACGCCAGUCGGAGGGCACCCUCAUCUACAUUGUUGACAAAACAGAUCUCUACAUCCGAGUCCGCGAUGGAUUCAAACAAGUCCUGGUAGAGUCAUUAAUUUUUCUUCAUGUGAGAAAUGUGUUCAUAAGGUAGGAAGGAGCUGGAGACGCACAUUCAAAAAGUUGAAGUGCAGACCAAAAGAAACUUAGAAAAACACAAACUCAGCAAAAAAUGUAUGCGUAUUCUUAUUGUUUUCCAGCUCGGUGACUACAGUCCCUUCUACAGAGAUCUGGUAAGUUCUUCUAUCAAUAUAAAAAUGUAUCAACUUAUUUAAUUAAUAGCUAUUGAUAUAUUUGAGGGAACAAAGUCAUAAAAUCAAGGAUUACUUUUCAUGUCAAAUAAAUAAAGAUCUUAAUCUCCAGGACAACGAAGUAGCGGCAGUCCAGCCUCCCGCUGUUGUCAACUACCCCCAGUCUCAGGAUCACUCGGCCAACAAUGGAGCUGAACACUUCUCCCUAGGCGGUACCGCCACCCACCCCAUCGAGCCUCCUCCUCGCAAGCCCGUGGAGAUCCCCAGGCCUGCCAAACCCGACAACCACAACCCCAACCCCAGAUACCCCCCUCAGUACGACCCCAGAUACCCCCCUCAGACUGACACUAGGUACCCCCCUCAAACAGAUGGCCGCUACAGCCAUGUGCAGCCUGAGAACAGGUAUCCCGUUCAGCCCGAAAGCCGAUACCCGGUCACCCCCCAGCGAAGACCCGUUCCCCUUCCUGUUCCCCAGCCUGCCAGUCACUUGCACACAUCAGGGCCAGGAGUGAGUACCUUUAUCAUCAUUUAAUGUGCCUUCCCAGAAAGUAUGUAUGUAUCAAAUGGUCUCAUCUAAAUAGUGUGUGUAGACCUAAGCUGAGCUGUUUUUAUAACUCAUCUCUCUUUUCUGCUCAGCUCCACCUGAUCGCCCUGAACAUGCCCCAAGUGGGCAACAUGCGGGGCAUUCGUGGGUCAGACUUCCUGUGUUUCCAGCAGGCUCGUGCUGUGGGUCUGAAGGGCACCUUCAGGGCUUUCUUGUCCUCCAAGCUCCAGGACCUCUACAGCAUAGUUCGCAAGUCCGACAGAGACAGCCUCCCCAUCAUAAACCUGAAGGUGUGUAAACAUACUACUGAAAGCACAAGUAUAGACUGUGGGAUCCCACUUCUGACACCAAAUUUACAUUGAGUUUAGUGAAGCAACCUAUUCAUUAGCUUUUCAUGAAAUUCCAGUAAUGAAAUAAGUAAUGAAAUGCUGCCAUGGGUUUUCAUUUUAACCUUGUUUCUCUUGCUGACGAACAUAUAUGCUCUCUCUCUUUAGGAUCAAGUGCUGUUUAAUAGCUGGGAGUCUAUGUUCAGUAAGACUGGGGGCAGGAUGAAGGAAAAUGCACCAAUCUACUCCUUUGAUGGCAGAGAUAUCCUUAGGGACAGUGCAUGGUGAGUGGUGGCCUCUCAGACACAGCUACACAGUAACAUCUCCAGUGUUACAUUAACUCUAAUAGUGUUAACUCUACAAAGUGCAUCUAAUGCAUUAAAGUCCCUGUAGCUGGCUAGCUAGCUACAGUGAGUUGUUCAAACUAUUCUGAGUUGUUGUUGAGUUCUUCAAACUAUUGUAAAACUAUUCUGAGUGAGUUAUCUUGUCCCAUUUGCUUCUUCGUAAUUUGGUAAGUUUGCCAAUGUUAUAACUUAAAGAUGUAAGGUGGUACAUAGCUAGCUAGCUACGCAAGUUUUUUAACUUACGUUUUUGCUAAACUAGCAUUGACAGCUCUGUGUACAUAAUCCAAGAUAACAUACAAAUAGCUAGCUAACAACAUUUAGAUUAUACUAACUGACCAGCUAGCUUGCAAUCGCCGCACGCUGCAGCUCUAUGAGCUAGUCAGAGAAAAGCUUGCUAGCAAGCCAAGCUACUAGAUUGCUAUCAACAGCCAGUUGCCCUGGGCAAAAUACGUUUGGUCAGAGAAGCAGUCCUGAGCAGCAUUCUUUGAAUCAGAGCGAUAUCUUGUGGUGGACGUCAUCUAACAGUAUCCUAAACCUUACAACAGUUUGAAUACUGGUCCAUAUCCCUCUGCCUUAAAUGUAACUUUAAAAAAAUGUCUAUAUUAUCAUACUACACAGAGUAAAUGUUACACUUCCUAAAGUGUUUGCUUUUUAACACUUUCAAAGAGUUUAUGUAAAUGCAAACACUUGUUAUUGUUGCAUUCAUUCUCAAUGGUGUAAAGUGUUAAACAUCUAUUCCACCAGAGUCAUUAUUUUUAUUCUAAUAGUUUACCACCUUUUAACACUGUGAAAUGUUUGACUCUAAUAGAGUUGAAUACCUUUUAACACUGUAUGGUCUAACCUUAAAUUAUACACAUGUAAAGCUGCUUAAUUUAUCAAUGUAAACAGCACCCUAACAGAUGGGACAUUCUCUAUUAGGCUGUUAUAGAGAAUCUGCAAUUUUUUUAAUCUAAUCGUGCAGUAUCGUUCUUAUUAUGGCAAAUAGUUACUUUCUCAUUAGUCAUAAUGAGUGUCGUCAUAAGCAAAAUUCCUUUGUUAUAAAGUGUGGUAGCCUAAGUGGUAGUCUAUGUAUGUAUGAUAUGCCAGGGCUUAUGCCAUACUGCUUAUAACAGUGUCAUGAAGGCACUGUAUUAUCACUGUUAACUGGAUAGAUUUUUUAUAAAAUUAGUCUAAUAAGGUGAAGUACUUGAGGUGAUUAACAUAAUUAAUUCCGAUUUGUUUCCCUUCAGGCCUGAAAAAAUGGUCUGGCACGGCUCUAGCAGCGAGGGUCACCGCCAAACUGACAACUACUGCGAGACAUGGAGGGCAGGAGACCGCGCAGUGACAGGCCUAGCAUCCUCACUGCAGUCCGGCCAGCUCCUACAACAGUCGCCCAGCAGCUGCUCUAGCUCCUACAUAGUGCUGUGUAUCGAGAAUAGCUAUCUCUCACACUCCAAAAAAUAA